AUGCCCGACUCCUACACCAGCUCCUCCUACUACUACAGUUCUGCGACGAGCACGACAAACGGAACCCAAACCUCCGGUCACCGCUACACCACCACCUCGCACACCGACCCUGCCGGCAACACCAUCGUGCGCACCGCCCACCAGGACCUGGGCCAGCCGGCCGUCAUCGAGGAGCGUCGCUACGACCGGACGGGUCAGGAAUUGCUCCUCGGCCCCGGUAGCACCACCGCCGGCGGCACCAGGCGCAUCGCCGACCUGACUGAGCAGGACUAUAACUACAACUACAACUACAAUGCCACGGCCGACACGACGGGGACGAAUACCACGGCGGACGACGUUGUCGACGCUGUCGAUCCUGUCACCGGUAAGCGAUAUCGUGAUGAAGGGGAUGUGAGACUCGCGUAUGAGAAAACUGAACAGAAUAGAUCAAGGCUGACUGAACUGAUACGAUAUGGCUGA